UUAUCAAAAAUAAACAAGAAAUACGAAGGACAUUUUUUUUUUUCUAUGAAGGCUAUUUACUAAAAUGAUCUAAAUUCAUUUCCAAAAGCUUAAUUUUUUUAAUAACGCAACAAUUCGAGUGAGUUUUCCAGUGGCACACAUUGCUUUUGUUGUUAAAUGAACACCUGAAUAAACAAGGUGCUCUAUGAGCAGACACUGCCUGCCUGACUGUGUCCCAGAGGGAUGUGCUACGGCUCACUAAAAAACAUUGCAAAUGAAGGGGUGUGGUUAUAUGCUGUGGCAGUGCAGGUUUGAGGACCAACACCACAGGUGUGCAUGGUUUACACAGACCGGAGUGAUCUCAGUGUGAUACUGACCAGCAGUCAGGAUUACACCGCAAAGAGAAUAAGGUCAAACAAUGGCCAACUUUGGAGGACACGCCAUACCCGGCACCUUUUUCCUGUUGUAUGGCUUCUGGCUAACAGUGAAGCAUGUUCUCCAACACUACUGGAGGACAACCCAGCCCAAAGGAAGGCAGGUCAUGCCUCCUUUCUUCAAAAGGAUGGAUUACUUUGAAGGAGGAUUCAAAAUUUUUGCGUCAUUUGUCGGUAUAAUGGUGGAGCAGUUUGUGGUGGACGGUCCACACGCCCACCUCUAUGACCGGGAGAACGCCUCAUGGGUUAAGCUGAUGAACUGGCAGCACAGCACCAUGUAUCUGUUCUUUGGGAUCUCAGGAGUAGCUCUGAUUACAAGCAUAACAAUCAAACAGGUGCCAAUUGGUGUUGACCGGCUUGCUCUCUCCUUUGCUCUCUUUGUUGAAGGAUUUCUCUUCGUGUACCAUGUGCACGGUCGGGAACCCCUCGAUGCUCACAUCCACUCCCUGCUGCUGUUUGCCGUGUUCGCCGGAUCAGCCAGCACCCUGGUAGAGGUGGUCAUAAGAAACAACAUCCUUCUGGAGCUGUUCAGGGCAGACAUGUUCAUCCUGCAGGGCUCGUGGUUCUACCAGAUUGGAGUUGUUCUUUACCCCUUAAAUGGAGACAAGUGGGAUUUGAAGCAACAUGACAACAUGAUGUUCGUCACAAUGUGCUUCUGCUGGCAUUUAGCUCUGUCUCUGCUGUUGGUCACUUGCACCGCCUUCAUAGUUUGGUUUACCACAAGGCGAUGUUCUGCAAAAAGACGGGAUAUAGAGAUCGGAAUGCGAAACACAUCCUCCAAAACCAGCUCUCAGAAAGCUCUACUCGAAGAGUCAGACGAAGAGUGAAAUGCUGGUUUCUGCUCAUACUGAUUAAAUUUCAUAUUAUUCUGUGUUAACUAGAAAAUAAUGCUUCAUAUGUGUAAAAAAAAGCCUAAUAUUUUGCUUAAUGUGCUUUAGCUUUUCGAAAUACAAAUAAAAAGAGAAAUCUAAA